CCAGCGUGGCGUGAAUGGGACGUUUGUUCGUCCCUCUGGUGUCCUCCCCGGCCUCCCCUGCUGCUCGGUGCCUGGCGUCCAGGGGAACUUCCUCUCACACCGACCUCCGCCGUCCUCGCAUUAGCAUUUUCACCGCCGCGAGGGGCUUGGUUGCUCGCUUCGGGGGCCUCAUUAUGCACGGACUUGGGAAGACGGAGAGAGGGGAGCAGGGCCGAGACCUGGACCUGACGUCUCUCAGAUCCACCAUGCCGGCCGGCGGCCCUCUGCAGGUGGCUUCAGCCUCCAACUUGAACAUGAACCUGUACGCCACCAAGAAGACAGCAGCUGAAGGCAUGCUGGACAUCGCUCUGUUCCUGGCCAACAUCACACACAUGAAGACGGUCAUCGAACAGGGAGCUGGAUACAGGUACUACGCUGCCGUCCUGACGCUCAUUUCCUUCUCCCUGGCUCUUCAGAUAGUGGCCGGUGUCCUGAUCAUCAUCAUCGCCCGCAGGGACCUGAACGUGGUGUCCAAUCAGAGGCGACUCGACUACCUGAACAACGUCACCACGGGAGUCAUCUUCGUCACCACCGUGGUCAACUUCUUCGUCAGCUUCUUUGGGUCCAAGCGGACCGGCUUCUUCCGCUGGCUGCUGGCGAGACUCCACUUCUGAUCCCUGCAGACGCGUUUCACAUCCACAAAACUCCAAACAAUCCACACUCAAACAUUAGAUUUUAAAGUGCUUGUGACACAUCUGUCCAUCAAAUACAAAAAGAAAACACAUUUUAUUUAAGAAACCUUGCAUAAA